CCGCCUUCUCACCGGAGGCCGAGGCCGGAGGCGGGAGGCCGAAGGAGCUGCGAGGCACCCGCCGCCCGAGCAGCGGCAGCGCCCUCAAGAGCGACAUGUCCCUUUAAGGAGAAGCGGAAGGGGAAGGAAGGCCGUGACCUUGGCGAAGACGACGCCCCCGUCACGUGAUACGGGAAGUGACCCUAGACUGGGUGCGCUCUUUUCAGCGCGUGCUGCCGCGGAGCUGGUGCUCAUUGGCUGUUUAAGUCACGUGACCUUCUCUUCUUCCGGACUGUAUCGUUGCUAGGCGACGGAGUCCCGGGGGUGGAGAGAGCGCCGGGGUCCCCUCGCGAUGGACGCCACGCUCCCGGCCGUCGCCGAAGAGCUGCUGAACGAGAUCGGGAGGGCUUUCCGAGAGACGGCUCAGGUCUCUGAUGACCUCCUCUCAGCGCUUAAAUUCAUCUUUGGGGCUUCUGCUGUCCUGGCUUUGGACCUGGUCGAUCGCCACUCCGUCACCCGCUUUGCGUCUCCGAGCGGAAGGAUGGUAUACCAGGUUGUUGGCAGUUCAAGGAAGACCUACACCUGUUACGCCUCCUGCCACUUCUGUACCUGCCCGGCCUUCAUGUUUUCUGUCCUCCGGAAAGGCGACAGCCUGGUGUGCAAGCACCUUCUGGCCGUCUACCUAAGCCGGGCGCUGGGAACCUGCCAGGAGGUGUCCGUCCCGGACCAGCAGCUGGCGAGACUCUUACUGCCGGAGGAAGCAAAAGGAUGAUGAGCGGAAAACCCUCGGCUGGGGUGAAAAAGAAAGAGACGGCCCGCCAGCCAAGCCCUGGAGACCCUGCUAAGCCGCUCAAGCUUCUGUAUUUAUGAAUUCUUCUUCUUCUUCUUAUUGUCAUAACCUCCCCUGCCGGAUCCCCCCUGAGCCUGCGGGGUCCCCCCUGCAAAGGACUAACCAGAAACUGGGUUUCUGAUUGUCUUGUGUCGAGCGAGUUACAUACCCCUGGCUGUUUUCUAUGGCAACAGGCACAAAUUAAACUUUUGACAUAUGUAA